UAUAGCUGUAACUUUUUUCAACUUCCUCGAUUUUAAUUUUAUUUUUGGUUAAAGAAAGCUAAAAAUCUCAGCUUUCCAACACUAUAUGAUAUGACAAAAUGUGAAAUACGAAAAGACUUUUUCGACUACUCAAUAUUUCAGUUAUAAAACUCAGUUCUUCCAUUAAAUGGUUUUGUUGAACAACCCUGAGCAGUGCAUGUCAAAUGCAACACUGUUAUUAUUUAGCAAACAGCUGGCAAAAAGAAUAAUUAAAUGUAAAUAAAAGCAGUGCAAAAAAUUAAAUGGUGUAUUUUUGUAGAAAAUAAUGAGCUGGUUUGAAGCGAAGGGUUUAAAUUGGGCGAAAAGUGCACUCAAAGAAGCCGUGGCAUCCAUAGACAAAGCGCUAGAUAUACAAGACGACAAUGUGGGUGGUGAAAAAAUUUCCCAAGUACAAACGGCUUUGCCUACGUCGUCAGCAGGUGGAGCGGUGCGAAAACAAAAGUUACCAGGCGGAGCAAAUCGCGAAAGAAGCGACAGUCAAAAUGUAGUUGCCACACCAAGCAUUGCAGUAAAGAGUACCACGGUUUCAGCACCUACCACACCGACAGCGCCUAUGGUCUCCUCGACUUGGGGUUCCUUCACAGGUUCUUUCUUUGAAAAUCCAAAUGCGCAAGAAACUAUAACAGCGCCACCGCGUACUAAAGCAGGUAGCGUGGGUAUGCUGCCAACCGCUGCUGUAAUGAAAGAUACAACUUCUAUGACGGAUCUCGCAGUUAGUAAUAACCAGUCCACACAGCGACCAUCAAUUACUUCAACAACUACGUCAGAUUCAGUAGAAUUGCUUUCACCACCUGUAUCGAGUAGCUCCGACUUGCAGUCACCAGUUUCUGAACCAAAAAGUAGUGCAAGUAAUGAAGCGUCAUCAUCUGUGGAAACUAUUAGUGGUACAGCAACGUUGGAAAAUGAGACGAUUAAUAAGGAAUUGUGCAUUUCUGUAAGUGGCUCACUGCCAGAUAGCAUUGUUAUUAUCUCCGAAAAAGAUGAAUACGACAUUGAGGAAGAUUCUAUUUCAUAUAAAACAGUUGUGGGCGAUCUACAAGAUACUGCAGAAACCACAGAAAGUCACAAUGUCCCCACUGCAACACAUUACCCAAACACAAUUGAGCAACCAGUAUCUACAACCAGCUGCUCGCCGAGCCAAAAAAUGAUCAUAUCCUUAGAAGACACACGCAGCGAUUCACAUCAUGCGGAUUCGGAUUCCACACAAAGUUUCGAGGAUGUACAAAUGCAGACGAGUUGUGCCGUUAGUCAAUACUUGGAAAAAGCGCAAGCAGUUUCACCAGCAUCGGACGACCAGAAUGAUGCAAUGAAUUCCAAAACAAAUUCAUCACCACACAAUUCCAACGAUGAAAUGGAAACAACAACAUCCUCAGAUAUAGAAAUUAUAUCUAACCCCAAUGGUAAUGGUGAUUCCUCCAGUACAAAUAGCUUGACGCGCAUCAGUCCAUUAAAGUGGAAAAAACUUAUGAGUAGCCAGGGUGUGGGCCAAUCAACCACCAUGACAUGCUCGAAAAAAGGACACUUUCGUGGUCCUUCCGAAAUUUCGAUACUUUCCGAAGACUCACAGUCUGAGUUGGAUCGGCUUAUGCAACGCAUAAGUGAACUGAGUGAUACUUUAGAGGCGCGUGAAUUGCGACUACUACAAUUGGAGCGUCAAAAUUUAGAGUUGCAGCAACGCAACGCCGAAAUGGAAAACACGCUGGAGACUUUCAAAACCAGUGGCAGCACCGACACAACAGAAGGCUACACACAACGACUGUCAGCCUUGGAAAAGAAAUUUCAAGCCAGCAUACGCGAGAGGGAUGCUUUGCGCAUACAAAUCAAGGACCUGAAAGAUGAGCUGCAGCUGAAAAUACCCAGAGAGCGUUUGACCGAGAGCAACAUAAUGAUAGAGGAAUUGCGUUCGGAAGGUGAAAAAUUGUCGAAGGAGAUACUGCAGCAAUCUAAUAUCAUCAAGAAGUUACGUGUUAAGGAAAAAACUAGCGACGUCACGCUGAAAAAGAAUAAGGAGGAAAUCGCCAGCUUAAGUGAUGAGCUUGAGCGGAUGAAAAAGACAUUGAACGCCAAGGAAGAGGUGGAGCGGUCACAAAUCGAGGCUGUGCACAAAAUGUCAUCCGAAAAAAGAAGACUGGAAGAUGAAAACGCACAGCAACGAAGUAAACUGGAAGAUUUGCAAUCGAAGUUGUCCACGCUGCAGGCGAGUUUCGAGGCGGCUAAGUUGGAACUACAACAACGUACACGCCAACAUACGGAUCUCACGCGCACCGCCGAAGAAGCGACCGCGGCAAAGAAGGAACGUGAGUCACUAAAAGCAGAAAACCUGGAAAUCCGAAAUCAGUUGAGUGAACUGCGUGAAAAGCUACGUGGCACCGAGCAGACAACAACAAAACGGGAACAACAGUUACGCGAGGAGAACAGAGAAUUGAUGCGUAGACUGGAGGCGACUGAAAUGCGCGCCGAAGCCGCCGCACAGGAGGCCAGUCUGACUACGGUGCCGCUAAUGCGACAACUGGAAUCACUACAGAAUACGCUCACGCAACGCACCUCCAACUGGAAUCAGGAAGAAAAGUUACUCCUGGAUAAAUUAGCGGCAUCGCAAAGUAAAUUGAAAUCAUUGGAAAAUGUCGAGUUGAAAUACGAGGAGCGUGUCGAAUUGCUGCAAAAACAUUGCACAGAACUAGAAGACACGCUUUCUCACGCGUUACUGCAGGAGGAAAAGGCCAAAAUGGGCUUGCAACAGGCGCAGCUUGAGUACAACAUGAAAGAGAGCAGCCUGAAAAGCCAACAAGCGGAACUUACCAAACAAAUUGAACAGUGCACGUCCAAAGUGGAGGCGUUGGAGCGUGAAAAUAAAGUAUUAGAAGAGAAAUUGCGUGCGAAGGCAGAGGAAAAAUUACCAAGCUUCGUUGGCGCUGGCGAGCUGCCACAAAUAGGCACGGAGACAAAACGGAUUGUGCCGCUUUCCGCAGCUACAUUGGCACCGCAUGAGCUGGCACGUCAGCACUCGCUGGAGCAGACGCAACGUUCGCAGUCACCGGCUAUGAGUUUUGAGCGCAAUUCGCAAGAGGAAACGAUGGAGGGUGGCAGCAUCGAUUGGCAGGCGGAAGAUAUAGAUUGCAUUUCGAAUUCAGGCCGUCAAAUAGGCAACUUGGGCUACGGUAUUAAUAUGAGCUUUCUGGGACACAAUACGUCAACGUUGGAGCACUUGCAAUCGAUGUUGAAACAGCGCGACGGUGAACUGGUGCACAUUCAGUGGGAGUUGGCGCGGUUGCAGGAGGGGCGCAGCGUUUUGGCGGAGGAAAUCGCAAUGUUGACUACCGAAUUGGAGGCUGCUAAGGAAAAGCUGCUCUCCUACGAAACGUUGGAUCAAAGCUACGAGGAGCUCCAGCGUAACUAUGACGCGCUGCUACAAAUGUACGGUGAGAAAGUUGAACGCACCGAAGAAUUAGAAUUGGAUCUAAAGGAGGCGCGCGAGGCAUAUAAGGCGCAGAUCGAUGAGCUGUUGGCCCAACCCUCACGGCCUACCACAUGAUAUUUAUAAAAGUGGCAAUUUGGACUCUGUCAUCGGCUGAGUCAUAUAUUCACUCUACUUGUUAUCUAAAUCCACUGUAGUUUUUAAUUGUAAUUAUGGUAUUGUAUGUAGUUAUGUUAUAAUAUUAUAAAUUUUAAUCGAAUUGUUGCUGGCUGGCAUAUUGGAGCUACAAAGAACGGAAAGGUAUGAUUUAAUAAAGUCAUUUAAACAAAUUAAAUAACAAA